AUGGAAGAAAUGUGGAAUGAUCGUGAGGUUCGUAAACAAUGGAUGAAAUCUCGAGAGACUGGAGGACAAGUUCGCUUCCUUAAAGAUACUGAUAAAGGGCUAUAUGUAUCCAAGAUUGAACUUAAGACUAUUGCGGAGAUAAUACUUUCCAAGCAUUUGAGCGUGCAAAUAAUCAAACCGGCAACCUUAUGUGCUGUAGUUGAGAUUAUGAGUGGCCGCUUCAUAAAUGGAGUUGGGUCAAGAAUUGGAUUGACAGGGAUAGACUAUCCAACAGCCGAAUGGCUUCACAAAGAAUUGGGCUAUAAGACAUAUAGAGUAGAUACUAUAGAGGACUUGAGAAAGCCUUUCGUAUCAAUGUAUUUUGGUGCAGCGUACAUGGUAUGGUUAUCAGAAUAUGAAGGAAGGGAGAGAUCUCCACAGUUUAUUGUGAAAGCUUAUCUUUCUGGGCCUAAAAAUGUAAAUCUUGAGGAAACAUGUCCAUCGUGGCUAAAAUUUGAAGAGGAGUUAAGUUACUAUGAAGGGAUAAAAAGGGAAUCUGAAAGUUGUGCAGUUAUGUAG